AUGCAGUCGUUCCUGGGCAGUCUAAACUACUACAGCCAGCUCAUCGAAGACUAUGCAAUCUAUGCCUCGGUACUCUAUGAAUUACGGGAAGUGGAGUGUGCAGAACUGGAGAAACGAUCAGACCGGAAGGAGAUCUUGGACCGGAAUGACCCGAUCCCUCGAGAUCACGACCCAACGGAACUGAAGUCGACGAGAUCAGUAGACGAGAGGUGGAUCAGGGCGCACAGAGCCUUCACCACCCUGAAAACCAAGAUCGCGACGACCCCAGUCCUCCGCCAUUUCGACGAGACGAGAACGCCGGAACUAUGGGUGAUCAGUUUUGACGGAUCCGCCCGGGUCAAGCGCGGUGGGGGCGCGUUCAGCGCGAUUGUGUGGAGUCUCCCCGGAUGGGAGGUGGUCAAAGGCCAGAUCAGGUUAUCUCGAGAACCUCACUGUGAACGAAGCCGAAUAUAA